AUGACUGUUACACUCAACGACAAUCUCGACGCGUGGCGUUCAGCCGCGGCGAUUGAGGAAUGGUGGGCUACCCCGUCCCAACGCGGCAUCACUCGCCCAUACUCUGCCGCCGAGGUCGCCCAGCUUCGCGACAUCUUCCCAGAAGGAGAUGGAGCUAGUGCUAUGGGCCUCCUCCUUCGCGAGACCCUCACGAGGCAUGCCAGGGAUCAGUCUGUCAACCUCACCAUCAGUGCUGGUGAUGGCAUCACGGCGCAAGUGCUGUCCGAGUCGGGUCUUGAUGUUGUCUACGCCUCGGGUGGCGUGUCAGCCAUGUCCGACGUAACCACGAAGGACCCCUCGACCGACCUCUCCGACUACACAUAUGACACUGUCCCGAGCAAGGUCGCCACGCUGUACCGUUCACAGCUUGUGCAUGCGCGUACUGCUCAAGCCCUCGGCAAACCUUACCGCAUCAUCCCCAUCAUCGCCGACGGUGACUCGGGCUUUGGCUUCCAGUCGUCAGUUAUGAAGAUUGUCAAGCUGUUCGUCCAGGCCGGCGUCGCCGGCUUCCACAUCGACGACCUGCUGUCGGGUUGCAAGCGCUACGACGGCAAGGACGGUGUCGGCUACGUUGUUGUUCCGCUGUCGGAGGCCGUUCGCCGCCACAUCGCUGCCAAGCUUCAGCUCGACAUCAUGGGCGCCGAGGUAGUCAGCAUCCACCGUACCGACGCCGAGACGGCGACACAUAUCACCUCGACCGUCGACCCUCGCGACCGCCCCUUCAUUCUCGGCGCAUCCAUUCCCCAGGCGUACGACGCGGCAUCAGCCCCAGACUACAAGACUUGGAUCCAGGCUGCCGAGCUCAAGACACUCGACGAGGCCUUUGCUGCUGCCCACCCUGCCCUCAUCGACACGUUCAAUGCCCAGACCAAGGGCAAGAACACAUCCGAGGCCCUGCUGGUUGCUGCCAAGCUCGCUCCCGAGUUUUACUGGUCAGCCGAUGCUGCUCGCACCGUCCAGGGUUGGUUCCCCUUCCGUGGAGGUGUCGAAGCCGCUACCGCCCGAGCCAUUGUCUGCGCACCGUACACCGACGCAUCAUGGGCAUGCCAGACCAAGCCGUACAACGGGCCGGCCGUCGAGGCCUUUGCCAAGGGUGUCCGCGCCGCCGUCCCGGGCCGCUGGCUCGCCUACAACUGGACCGUCCUCCCGGCCGAAUUUUCCAAGAGCAAGGAGGUUGCCGAGGCACCCGAGAAGCUUGCCAAGCUGGGGUAUGUGUACCAGUGGAUGCCGGUUGGAGGCAUGACGGCUGUGGGCAUUGGUGCCCGGUCGUCUGCUCAGGCCAUCAAGGAGGGCGGCGUGUCUGGAUUCCUCCAGAAUGCAGAGAGGGUCCAAGGUAAGCAGAGGGACCUGCUGUACUGGCUCCUCGACCUGGCCAAGCUGAGCGACCAGGCUCAGGAGAUCAUUGGCACGGGUUUGUAG